AUUAAUUGUUACAGUUUUUACGAGUUUAUAACUAUAUCCACUCGUAAUUAUUUGUUACAUCUGGUCGUGCAAUAGUCGCGCAAUCGCAGCAGUUCGUGCAGUUCUGUUUGACAUGGCGGGCGUCAUAGUGCGCAAUUUUCACAUCCCGAAGAGACAAUUAGGUCUCCUCGGGCAGGCUGUAAAUAAUCAACAAUCAAGGAACUAUGCAGAUGCUCCACCCGAAGCAAAAAAAUGUGGUCCACUCAAAGAUGAAGAUCGUAUUUUCACAAAUUUGUAUGGGCGUCAUGAUUGGAGGUUGAAAGGGGCUAUGAAACGAGGAGAUUGGUAUAAGACAAAGGAAAUAGUGGAAAAAGGUGCAGACUGGAUCAUUAAUGAAAUUAAAGUAUCUGGUCUUCGUGGCAGAGGAGGAGCUGGUUUCCCAUCUGGAAUGAAAUGGUCUUUCAUGAAUAAACCUUCUGAUGGUAGACCAAAGUAUCUUGUUAUUAAUGGAGAUGAGGGAGAGCCAGGAACAUGUAAAGAUCGUGAAAUUCUGCGCCAUGACCCACACAAACUAAUCGAGGGCUGUCUUAUUGCUGGAAAAGCUAUGGGAGCUUGUGCAGCAUACAUCUACAUUCGUGGAGAGUUUUAUAAUGAAGCAUCUAAUACUCAAGUUGCCAUUGCAGAGGCUUAUCAAGCUGGCUUACUUGGAAAGAAUGCUUGUGGUUCAGGCUAUGACUUUGACAUAUUUGUACAAAGAGGAGCUGGUGCUUAUAUCUGUGGUGAAGAAACUGCUUUAAUUGAAUCAAUUGAAGGCAAACAGGGAAAGCCAAGACUAAAACCACCUUUCCCAGCGGAUGUUGGUCUUUUUGGUUGUCCCACAACUGUAACUAAUGUCGAAACUGUUGCUGUAGCUCCAACAAUUUGUCGUAGAGGAGGUAGUUGGUUUGCAUCCCUUGGCAGACCUCGAAAUAGCGGAACCAAGCUCUACAACAUUUCAGGCCAUGUUAACAAUCCAUGCACAGUGGAAGAGGAGAUGUCAAUACCUUUAAAAGAGUUGAUAGAAAGGCAUGCUGGUGGUGUGAUAGGAGGCUGGGAUAAUCUAUUGGGAAUCAUUCCUGGUGGUUCAUCUACACCCGUCAUUCCAAAACAUAUUUGCGAUACUGUUCUUAUGGAUUACGACGACUUGGUUCGAGUUCAAAGUUCUUUUGGAACAGCAGCUGUCAUUGUUAUGAACAAACAAACCGACAUCAUUAAAGCUAUUACACGUCUCAUUAGUUUUUACAAGCAUGAAUCCUGUGGUCAAUGCACUCCUUGCCGAGAGGGUAUUUCUUGGAUGUACAAAAUAAUGCAGAGAUUUGUUCAAGGUAACGCAGAAGUGCAGGAAAUUGACAUGCUGUGGGAACUAACUAAACAAAUAGAAUUACACACAAUCUGUGCCCUUGCUGAUGGUGCGGCAUGGCCAGUCCAAGGGCUCAUCAGACAUUUUAGACCAGAAAUUGAAGCCAGGAUUAAAAAUUUCAAAGGUGGACGAGCAGCAGUUUCUCAGUAAUUAGGAAACAUAAAUAUUAUUUCUUCAAAGAAUGAAGUUGUUUAUUUAUUUUCACUUGUAUAUAUAGUUCUGUUAAAAUUGUUUUAGAGUAUAUUGAUCCUGUACCACUUUUCAAUUCUCGAUCUUAUUUUCAAGGAUAUUGUUUUCGAAUCAUUUGUUAAAAUCUGUACGAUUGUUUACGAGAUUUCUUUAGAAUCAUUUUACAUACAUAGUUCUCAACUAGUAAACGUUUGUUUCACAAAAAUAUUAUAUUAUAUUUUUUCUUUUCAAAAGCUACCGACGUAUUAAAAAAUUGAAAAAUAUCAAUUUAUGUAUUGCUUUGUACAAAAUUGAAGUUCAUCAGCAGAUAAAAUAAAAAAAUCUAUAAAUCUUA